UCUUGGGGCGGGGGAGGGGGGGAUGUGUAUCUAAUGGAAACAGGAUAAAGUCCACCUCCUCUCCCACCAGGCUUGUCCGAAAACGAGAAAAGUUUUUUAAAAGUUAUCCCAGAGAGCCCACUGAUUUUGCAGAAGGGAAAAGGGAAUAAAGGAUUAUGGGGAGGGGGUUGCCUGGAAGACAGCAGAGGUGCUAAAUAAGGAGAGAAAGAAAGGAUGUCCGGUCAAGUUAGGGCAUUAGCAGCUCUCGCCUGUGUGUAUUCCGAACUUGGAAUGUGGUAUUUGGGGGGUUUUGAUCCCAGAUUUGGGUCUGUGAAGGGGAGAACCUGAACGAAUCUGAGGUCGAGACGGGUCUUUGUAUCAGUACUCACUCCCCUUUUCCCUCUAUUUUCUAAGCAUCGUCAAAUGUUUUUUAAAUUCUGUGUUUGAAAUGAAAACCCACCUCCUCUCUCUCCCAGGGCAAUUUUUUCUCCCUUUCAGCCCUCCAAGUCAAACGAGUGACCCAGAUACACCCCCUCAGAUGACUUUCCGAGAUAAGGAUGACAUCCGGCUGCUGCCUUCAGCAUUGGGCGUGAAGAAGAGAAAACGAGGGCCCAAGAAGCAGAAGGAGAACAAGCCGGGAAAACCCCGAAAACGCAAGAAGCUUGACAGCGAGGAGGAAUUUGGCUCCGAGCGAGAUGAGUACCGGGAGAAGUCAGAGAGUGGAGGCAGUGAAUAUGGAACAGGACCAGGUCGGAAACGGAGACGGAAGCACCGAGAAAAGAAGGAGAAGAAGACAAAGCGGCGGAAAAAAGGGGAGGGAGAUGGGGGGCAAAAGCAGGUGGAACAGAAGUCGUCGGCAACUCUGCUCCUGACCUGGGGCCUGGAGGACGUGGAGCAUGUGUUCUCCGAGGAGGAUUACCACACACUCACCAACUACAAAGCCUUUAGCCAGUUCAUGAGGCCCCUGAUUGCUAAGAAGAACCCUAAGAUCCCAAUGUCUAAGAUGAUGACCAUCCUUGGGGCCAAGUGGAGAGAGUUCAGCGCCAACAACCCCUUCAAGGGGUCGGCAGCUGCUGUGGCGGCGGCGGCGGCAGCGGCGGCCGCAGCUGUAGCUGAGCAGGUGUCAGCUGCUGUCCCAUCAGCCACCCCCAUCGCACCUUCCGGACCCCCCGCCCUUCCCCCACCCCCUGCCGCUGAUGUCCAGCCCCCACCCGUCCGAAGAGCCAAAACCAAAGAGGGCAAAGGUCCAGGCCAUAAGAGGCGGAGUAAGAGCCCCAGAGUGCCUGAUGGACGCAAGAAGCUUCGGGGAAAGAAGAUGGCACCACUCAAGAUCAAACUAGGGCUGCUGGGUGGCAAGAGGAAGAAGGGAGGCUCGUAUGUUUUGCAGAGUGACGAGGGCCCCGAACCGGAGGCUGAGGAGUCAGACCUGGACAGUGGCAGUGUCCACAGUGCCUCAGGCCGCCCUGACGGCCCUGUCCGAACCAAGAAACUAAAGAGAGGCCGGCCAGGAAGGAAGAAGAAGAAGGUCCUGGGCUGUCCUGCAGUGGCCGGGGAGGAGGAGGUUGAUGGCUACGAGACGGAUCACCAGGAUUACUGUGAGGUGUGCCAGCAGGGUGGGGAAAUUAUUCUGUGUGACACCUGCCCUCGUGCCUACCACCUCGUCUGCCUUGAUCCUGAGCUUGACCGGGCUCCUGAGGGCAAGUGGAGCUGCCCCCACUGUGAGAAGGAGGGGGUACAGUGGGAGGCCAAGGAGGAGGAGGAAGACUAUGAGGAGGAAGGGGAGGAGGAAGGGGAGAAGGAGGAGGAGGACGACCACAUGGAGUACUGCCGUGUGUGCAAGGAUGGCGGGGAGCUCCUGUGCUGUGACGCCUGCAUCUCCUCCUACCACAUCCACUGUCUCAACCCUCCGCUGCCUGACAUCCCCAAUGGCGAAUGGCUGUGUCCCCGAUGCACAUGUCCGGUACUGAAAGGCCGUGUGCAGAAGAUCCUACACUGGCGGUGGGGGGAGCCCCCUGUGUCAGUGCCAGCCCCCCAGCAGGCAGACGGGAAUCCAGAUGCCCCACCCCCACGUCCUCUUCAAGGCAGAUCGGAGCGAGAGUUCUUUGUCAAGUGGGUAGGACUGUCCUACUGGCACUGCUCCUGGGCCAAGGAGCUUCAGCUGGAAAUCUUCCACUUGGUCAUGUACCGAAACUACCAGCGGAAAAAUGACAUGGAUGAGCCCCCACCCCUGGACUACGGCUCUGGGGAGGAUGAUGGGAAGAGUGACAAGCGCAAGGUGAAGGACCCGCACUACGCUGAGAUGGAGGAGAAGUACUACCGCUUUGGCAUCAAGCCGGAGUGGAUGACCGUCCACCGGAUCAUCAGCCACAGUGUGGAUAAAAAGGGGAAUUACCACUAUCUAGUGAAAUGGAGGGACUUGCCAUACGACCAGUCCACGUGGGAGGAAGAUGAAAUGAACAUCCCUGAAUAUGAGGACCAUAAGCAAAGCUACUGGAGACACCGAGAACUAAUUAUGGGGGAGGACCCUGCCCAGCCCCGCAAGUAUAAGAAGAAGAAGAAGGAGCUGCAGGGUGAUGGGCCUCCCAGCUCUCCUACUAAUGACCCUACAGUGAAAUAUGAGACUCAGCCACGGUUUAUCACAGCCACUGGAGGUACACUGCACAUGUAUCAGCUGGAAGGGCUGAAUUGGCUACGCUUCUCGUGGGCCCAGGGCACUGACACCAUUCUGGCUGAUGAGAUGGGACUGGGCAAGACCAUACAAACCAUCGUCUUCCUCUACUCCCUGUAUAAGGAGGGCCACACGAAGGGUCCCUUCCUGGUGAGUGCCCCGCUCUCUACCAUCAUUAACUGGGAGCGGGAGUUCCAGAUGUGGGCACCCAAGUUCUAUGUGGUGACAUACACGGGUGACAAGGACAGCCGAGCCAUCAUUCGUGAGAAUGAGUUUUCCUUUGAAGACAACGCUAUCAAAGGUGGCAAGAAAGCUUUUAAGAUGAAGAGGGAGGCGCAGGUGAAGUUCCAUGUUCUCCUGACAUCGUACGAGCUGAUCACCAUUGAUCAGGCAGCGCUUGGCUCCAUCCGCUGGGCCUGUCUCGUGGUGGAUGAGGCCCAUCGGCUCAAGAACAACCAGUCCAAGUUUUUCAGGGUCCUCAAUGGCUACAAGAUAGAUCAUAAGUUGCUGCUGACAGGGACUCCAUUGCAGAAUAAUCUGGAGGAGCUCUUCCAUCUGCUGAACUUCCUCACCCCAGAGAGGUUUAACAAUCUGGAGGGCUUCUUAGAGGAGUUUGCUGACAUAUCCAAAGAAGACCAGAUUAAGAAACUUCAUGACUUGCUGGGGCCACAUAUGCUGCGGAGGCUUAAGGCUGAUGUCUUUAAGAACAUGCCGGCCAAGACAGAGCUCAUCGUUCGCGUGGAGCUGAGCCCCAUGCAGAAGAAAUACUACAAGUAUAUCCUGACCCGAAAUUUUGAGGCCUUGAAUUCACGAGGCGGUGGGAACCAAGUGUCGCUGCUUAACAUCAUGAUGGAUCUUAAGAAGUGCUGCAACCAUCCAUACCUCUUUCCUGUGGCUGCUAUGGAGUCCCCCAAACUUCCCAGUGGGGCUUACGAGGGUGGGGCACUUAUUAAGGCGUCUGGGAAGCUUAUGCUGCUGCAGAAGAUGCUGCGGAAGCUGAAGGAGCAAGGACACAGAGUGCUCAUCUUCUCGCAGAUGACCAAAAUGUUAGACUUGCUAGAGGACUUCUUAGACUACGAAGGCUACAAGUAUGAGCGCAUCGAUGGCGGCAUCACUGGUGCCCUGAGGCAGGAGGCCAUUGAUCGCUUCAAUGCUCCUGGGGCCCAACAGUUCUGCUUCCUCCUGUCCACCCGGGCUGGGGGCCUGGGCAUCAAUCUGGCCACUGCUGACACUGUCAUCAUCUUUGACUCAGACUGGAACCCCCAUAAUGAUAUCCAGGCCUUCAGCCGGGCACAUCGGAUCGGCCAGGCCAACAAAGUGAUGAUAUACCGGUUUGUGACUCGCGCGUCAGUGGAAGAGCGGAUCACGCAGGUGGCCAAGAGAAAGAUGAUGCUGACACAUCUGGUGGUGCGGCCCGGGCUGGGCUCCAAGGCGGGCUCCAUGUCCAAGCAGGAGCUGGAUGACAUCCUCAAAUUUGGCACCGAGGAGCUGUUCAAGGAUGAAAAUGAAGGGGAGAACAAGGAGGAGGAUAGCAGUGUGAUUCACUAUGACAACGAGGCCAUCGCUCGGCUCUUGGACCGGAACCAGGAUGCAACUGAGGACACGGACGUGCAGAACAUGAAUGAAUAUCUCAGCUCCUUCAAGGUGGCCCAGUACGUGGUGCGGGAAGAAGACAAGAUUGAGGAAAUCGAGCGCGAGAUCAUCAAGCAGGAGGAGAACGUGGACCCCGACUACUGGGAGAAGCUGCUGAGACACCACUACGAGCAGCAGCAGGAGGACCUGGCCCGGAACCUCGGCAAAGGCAAGCGGGUCCGCAAGCAGGUCAACUACAAUGACGCUGCUCAGGAGGACCAAGAUAACCAGUCUGAAUACUCAGUGGGGUCAGAGGAGGAGGAUGAAGACUUUGAUGAGCGUCCUGAAGGGCGACGACAGUCAAAGAGGCAGCUCCGGAAUGAAAAGGAUAAGCCGCUGCCCCCACUGCUGGCCCGAGUUGGGGGCAACAUUGAGGUGUUGGGAUUCAACACCCGUCAGCGGAAGGCCUUCCUCAAUGCUGUGAUGCGCUGGGGCAUGCCACCGCAGGAUGCCUUCACCACCCAGUGGCUUGUGCGGGACCUCAGGGGCAAGACUGAAAAGGAGUUCAAGGCCUAUGUGUCUUUGUUCAUGCGCCAUCUCUGUGAGCCUGGGGCAGACGGCUCUGAAACCUUUGCUGACGGGGUCCCUCGGGAGGGGCUGAGUCGCCAGCAAGUGUUGACCCGCAUUGGAGUCAUGUCUCUCGUCAAGAAGAAGGUACAGGAGUUUGAGCACAUCAAUGGGCGCUGGUCCAUGCCGGAGCUGAUGCCCGACCCCAGUGCUGACUCCAAGCGCUCCUCUAGGGCCUCCUCUCCUACCAAAACGUCUCCUACCACUCCUGAGGCUUCUGCUACAAACAGUCCUUGCACCUCAAAACCUGCUACUCCAGCUCCCAGUGAGAAAGGAGAUGGCAUAAGGACACCUCUGGAAAAGGAUGACGCAGAAAACCAGGAGGAGAAGCCAGAGAAGAAUAGCAGAGUUGGGGAGAAGAUGGAGACAGAGGUUGAUACGCCCAGCCCAGCCCCAUCACUUGGGGAGCGGCUGGAGCCAAGGAAGAUUCCUCCAGAGGAUGAGGUGCCAGGGGUACCUGGAGAGCUGGAGCCUGAACCUGGGUACCGGGGGGACAGAGAGAAGUCAGCCACAGAGUCGACGCCAGGAGAGAGGGGGGAGGAGAAGCCGAUGGAUGGACAGGAACACAGGGAGAGGCCGGAGGGGGAGACAGGGGAUUUGGGCAAGAGAGCAGAAGAUGUAAAAGGGGACCGGGAGCUUCGACCUGGGCCUCCUCGAGACGAGCCGCGGUCCAAUGGGCGACGUGAGGAGAAGGCAGAGAAGCCGCGGUUCAUGUUCAAUAUUGCAGAUGGUGGCUUCACAGAACUUCAUACCCUGUGGCAGAAUGAGGAACGGGCAGCUAUUUCCUCAGGGAAACUCAAUGAGAUCUGGCACCGAAGACAUGACUAUUGGCUUUUGGCUGGGAUUGUCCUCCAUGGCUAUGCACGGUGGCAGGACAUCCAGAACGAUGCUCAGUUUGCCAUUAUCAAUGAGCCAUUUAAAACUGAAGCCAAUAAGGGGAACUUUCUGGAGAUGAAAAACAAGUUCCUGGCCCGGAGAUUCAAGCUCCUGGAGCAGGCGCUGGUGAUUGAGGAGCAGCUGCGGCGGGCGGCCUACCUGAACCUAUCACAGGAGCCGGCGCACCCCGCCAUGGCCCUCCACGCCCGCUUCGCCGAGGCCGAGUGCCUGGCCGAGAGCCACCAGCACCUCUCCAAGGAGUCGUUGGCGGGGAACAAGCCGGCCAACGCCGUCCUGCACAAGGGUAAGGGCCGCGGCGGCCCCGCGCGGGGGAGGGCCCACAGCGCUGCUUCUGAACCAGCUGGAGGAGUUGCUGAGCGACAUGAAGGCAGACGUGACCCGCCUGCCAGCCACGCUGUCCCGAAUACCCCCCAUCGCAGCCCGCCUUCAGAUGUCCGAGCGCAGCAUCCUCAGCCGGCUGGCCAGCAAGGGCACGGAGCCUCACCCCACACCGGCCUUCCCCCCGGGUCCAUACGCUACACCUCCGGGGUACGGGGCAGCCUUCAGCGCCGCACCCGUAGGGGCCCUGGCCGCCGCAGGCGCCAACUACAGCCAGAUGCCUGCAGGGUCCUUCAUCACAGCCGCCACCAACGGCCCUCCAGUGCUGGUGAAGAAGGAGAAGGAAAUGGUGGGGGCACUGGUGUCAGACGGGCUGGAUCGGAAGGAGCCCCGAGCCGGGGAGGUGAUCUGUAUAGACGACUGACCGGAUCCCAGGCCUGCCCUUCACCCAGGCCCCGUCCCCGAGGCCGGCCCCCAGCUCAGGCUCUGGGGCCUGCUGCCAGUCCUCCGCCUUCCCCACCCCUGGGGCCCCCACUGGGCUAGGAGCCCCUCUGCCCCUCUCUACAGCUCUCUUCAAGAAGGGUCCGUUGUCUUUCUCCACCCUGUGCACCUUUCCCACCGCUCUUUGAAGACUGCUGGUGAGAAGAGGUCUGGGUGGGAGGUGGUUAGCAGGGUCUUCCAAGUACCUUUAUCCCCCACUGCCAAACAUACACAGCUUCCCAAUAAACGGUUGUGGGGGGGGGGAAGAGGUGGAGCCUCCCCAGUUUUUAUUCCUGCAAUAUAAGCUCCACCUCCUGCAGAAGUGGGGGGGUUAGCCUUGCCUGGCCUUUAGGAACUUGGGUGGGGAAAAGAGCUUUGAAGAGAGGAGGGUGACUUCAGAGAGGGGUGAUAAUGAGCCCUGGGAGGGUGGAAGGGAAGAGGGGCGGCUGCAUGUUUCCUUCCCCUACCUCCCCCCAAAUGGAGGGCGGAGCAGUUACAGGGGAGGGAGUCCAUUGCUGUUCAGCCUCAGAAUAAAGGCGCCGUUCACUGGCUGUUACCUCCUGCGUACCGGCAUCUUGUGUUGGGAAUCUUCCCCCCUCCCUAGGGACCAAGGACCACCCCUAUGAAGAGAGUAAUAUUUGGGCGAUACUCCCUUAAGCCAAAGAGGAGCUCCCCAAUCUGUCCUAGGGACCCAGGGAACCUAGAAAGGGUGGUGGAGAACACAAUGGGCCAGAUGUGGAGAGAGCCCCCUGUUUUUGGGGCUCAGGUUCUUGGAGGACUUCUGCCCUCCCUCCUGAAGACCUGGAUAUGGACUAAACUUGAGUGGGUCAGGCAGGGCGCCUAGUCGGGGGACUGCCUUGCCUUUGGGACCAGAGCAAAAUAGUGGAGGGCAGGCUGGGGAGACAUGGGCACAUCCUCCUCCCCAGGAGGGGCUGGGGAGAGUGGCAGUUUGCAUGGCGAACCCCCCACUUCCUCUUUGCUCCCCUUCACUUUCUUGCUGCCCCUUUCCCGGUCUCUUCACACCCACUCCUGGUCUGUCCCAGUCCCCUCUUCUGUAUCAGGUUUAUUGGUUGUACAUAUAAAUUAUACUUUCCUUUC